CCGGCCCAGCACCAAAGUUCACAUUGAAACCCCGCUGGUGACCUUGGCUCAUUUCAUCUCUGCAACACCACUUCUCAGAAGCACAGAGCUUUAGCUCUGCCAAAAUGAAACACCUUUUCCAACCCCUCAUCGUUUCUCUCAUCCUAAUGUCCAUGUGUGGGAGCAACAGCCUGACCAGUCAGCUUGAUAAAGGAGGGGAAGAUUCUCCAUCCGCAGACUCCCAGUGGGGGAAGUUAAGUAGCAAAAACCUGAGCAUGCCCCUUCUCCCUGCUGACUUCCACAAGGAAAACACGGUCACCAACGACUGGAUCACAGAGGGGGAGGAGGAUGAGGACUAUCUGGACCUAGAGAAGAUAUUCAGCGAAGAUGAUGACUAUAUUGACAUUAUUGAUGCGGUUUUGCCAACUGAUUCAGAGGCCGAUGCUGGGAACAUCCUCCAGCUCUUCCAAGGCAAGAGCCGGAUCCAGCGUCUCAACAUCCUCAAUGCCAAGUUCGCUUUCAACCUUUACCGCGCACUGAAGGAGCAGGCCCGUUCUUCUGACAACAUCUUCAUAGCCCCAGUGGGCAUUUCCACGGCCAUGGGUAUGAUUUCCUUCGGCCUGCGGGGGGAGACCUAUGAACAAGUGCACUCGAUUUUGCAUUUCAAAGACUUUGUCAAUGCCAGCAGCAAGUAUGAGAUCAUGACCAUUCACAAUCUCUUCCGUAAGCUGACUCAUCGCCUCUUCAGGAGGAAUUUUGGGUACACACUGCGGUCGGUCAAUGAUCUUUACGUCCAGAAGCAAUUUCCAAUCCUGGAUGACUUCAAAAGAAAAGUAAGAGAGUACUACUUUGCAGAGGCCCAGGCGGCUGACUUCUCAGACCCUGCCUUCAUAUCGAAAACCAAUAACCACAUUCUGAAGAUCACCAAGGGGCUCAUAAAAGACGCUCUGGAGAGUAUAGACCCAGGUACUCAGAUGAUGAUUCUAAACUGCAUCUACUUUAAAGGAUCCUGGGUGAAUAAAUUCCCUGUAGAAAUGACACACAACCACAACUUCCGGCUGAAUGAGCGAGAGGUGGUCAAAGUUUCCAUGAUGCAGACCAAGGGGAACUUCCUGGCAGCAAAUGACCAGGAGCUGGACUGCGAUGUCCUGCAGCUGGAAUAUGUUGGGGGCAUCAGCAUGCUCAUCGUGGUCCCGCACAAGCUCUCUGGAAUGAAGACCCUCGAGACCCAGCUGACGCCCCAGGUGGUGGAGAGAUGGCAGAAAAGCAUGACAAACAGAACUCGAGAAGUGCUUCUGCCAAAAUUCAAGCUGGAGAAGAACUACAACCUGGUGGAGGCCCUGAAGUCAAUGGGGGUCACGGCACUGUUUGACAAAGACAGCAAUAUGACAGGAAUCUCAGACCACAGGAUCACCAUUGAUCUGUUCAAGCACCAAGGAACCAUCAUGGUGAACGAGGAGGGCACCCAAGCUGCUGCCAUGACCACGGUGGGGUUCAUGCCGCUGACCACCCAAGUCCGUUUCACUGUCGACCGCCCCUUCCUCUUCCUCAUCUACGAGCGCCGUACCAGCUGCCUGCUCUUCAUGGGGAGAGUUGCCAACCCCACCAAGUCUUAAGGUGGAGGUCUGGGCAUUUCAAGUGUCUCAGGGGGCACCCUGUAA